AGACAAAAUCCCGUGUAGGGAGAGAGUCCAAUCGAUCAAACUUGUCACUAAUCUUUCUCCGACAAACCCUGCCUGAGACUCCGAGGAAUAAGACGACUUUGCCAUCCACUGAAAGCAUAACUCCUCUCGAUAAAAGAUCGAUUCGGUUCACCGGUCUCGUCUCUCACCGAAAAGCUUCUGACAACCUUCCAACUUGAGGAAGACGAGUCGUCGCUGGAGAAUAUACUAGACGAAUGGAGGAGCUGGAUUUUUUCAAGUCCCCCGACGAGUUUCCACCAAGACGUGGUGGCUAUGGCCUGGUACAUGUAGAUUGUGUUGGAAAGCGUGGAUACACUAACAGUGCCUUGGUGAAUCUUUAUGCCAAGCUCGGCCUUCAUCGCUACAACUGGUUAGAGGGGACAAACUUUGAGCUAGAUAGCAUAAUGAAAUUCAACAUGCGUGGUGCUGCAUCUCCUUACUACAUAACCUUGGUUGCGUGCCUUCCAUCCAGCGGUUUGCAGCAGAUCUUUCAGGUUCUCGUAGAGGAAGAACGUCUUGGCAUUUUAGAUUUGACAUGCCCCAUCUCUAGACCUCAAGGGACCGAGAGUUCAAAGAAGGAGUCAACUCCUUUCUCACGUCCACAUUCCGAGCCAGUGUCUGCUACCCACCAAGACAGAUUGCUUGGCUGGACCAAGUCAGUAAUUCCAUGGCCCUCCUCCGAGAUUGGUUUCAGUGACACAAAGCGUUUUUACAUGUUGAAUGAAUCUGAGUUGCAAUGUGAUUGGAUUUCUUUGUAUGUGGAACUUGCAAUCUGUACUUCCCAUAGGUGGUUUAAAGCUAGGGAUCUCUCUAACUUUGAGUUGGAGAUUGUCCAAGUGGCCAUAGAAUCUCUUCAUGAUAAGGAGCCACCAAGUCUCAAGUCUAAAGCUGCGGUCAUCUACAUAGCAUACAAGGAUUUGGCCAAGGCUAGGACUGGUGAGCCUUAUCACUACCAAGUUGUGGUGAGACGAGUCAUCAACGAAGCUACAGGAACAUUGAGCAUCCAAGGUGAUUGCUGGAUUGCAGCAGCAGCAACGGCUUCGGGCCUCCGCUCUUCCCCCACGAGUUGAUUACCAAACUCUAUUUAAGACAUUUGAAGAUGCCUAUCGGAUAGUAGUAAUUAGUGAUGCUUAUGUGUUGUGUGCUUUUGGUCUCUAUUUAAGACAUCGGAUGACUAUGUACUUUGUGCUUUUGGUCUCUCUGUUUUAAGACAUUUGAAGGUAGGAUCGGAUGGUAGUAUUGAACUAAUAUUAAUUAGUGAUGCUUAUGUAGAUUUGUUAUAUUGUGGCUGGCCUUUAAUGUGUUUUCUUCAUUUCA